UUUGCGUGCAUCGAUUGCCAGUGAUAGACAUUUGCCGCUGUAGGUUUGUUUUGUCAACCAUUGAGAUCAAUUUUUAAUUUUUAUUAUUGAAACAAAUCGUUCAAAAUGGUUAAGCUAACGCCCGAAUUAAUAAAUGCAUCGAUGCAGUACAUAAAUCCAUGCCGAGAUCGUGAACUGGAUCUGCGCGGUUAUAAAAUACCACAAAUUGAAAAUAUGGGCGCCACACUUGAUCAGUUCGAUACAAUUGAUUUCUCUGACAACGAUUUGCGUCGUUUGGAUGGUUUUCCAUAUCUGCCACGAAUCAAAUGCUUGCUUCUAAACAACAAUCGUAUUGUCCGGAUAGCAGAUAAUUUACAUGAAUUCUUACCAAAUUUGGAGAGUCUUAUUUUAACAGGAAAUAAUAUUCAGGAUUUUAGUGAUUUAGAUGCACUUUUGUCACUUACCAAACUUGAAACGCUUUCACUACUCACCAACCCAAUCACAACAGAUGCUCACUAUCGUGAAUACGUUGCCUAUAAAUUUCCAAAGCUACGACUCUUGGAUUUCCGUAAAAUUCGACAAAAAGAUCGACAAGCCGCUGUUGAACUGUUUAGAAGUAAAAAAGGAAAAGAACUACUGAAAGAGAUUGCAAAGAAAGCAAAAGCAGCAGCCGAAAAUCCAUCGGCUGAUGCAAACAAUUCAAAGGUUUCAACCACAUCUGCUGAAGAUGUUCAAAGAAUUCGAGAUGCAAUCAAGAAUGCAACAUCGUUGCAUGAGGUUGAACGGCUCACACGAAUAUUACAAUCCGGUAACAUUCCAGAAAAUCUAAAUGCCGAGAAUGGAAAUGGUACUUCACAUGACGAGCAUGCCAUGGAGAUGUAAGACUAAAAAUCAUCGAUAAACAAAAGUUUUUUCUUAAACACUUUAUAAGUAAUAAAAAGAAAACAAAUAAAUUUCAUUGAUUUUUUGUGCAAAUUCACACAGAACGGUGAAUUUAAUACAUUGUACAAGAAAAAUAUUUAAUAAAACAAUAAAUUCAUUUCACAAUUUUAAAAUUGA